AUGGCAGGGAUCAGCAGCUGGACGUGCAGCAGGAUGGGGAUUGCUCUGCUGGCAAUGAUUGCGACGAAAUCUUCUCUCUACUGCCAUGCGUCCCAACACGAGAUCGUUUACACCGACGAGACUCUAGGACUCUCCAUGUCCGAUCAUGCUCAGCCGCACAGACGCGAGCUUCGCUACAGAGCGCCCAUCGUCUAUUUUUACUCGAGAGGAGGGAGGCAGAUGAAGAACAGAGGAGCAGAGGUCUUCCAUCAGCUGCAUGAUGCUGUUCGCAGAGAGGGGAUAGAAAGUUACCUCGAGGAUGGAGUGUACGAGUACAAGACCGAGCACAGCAACUUUAUCGAAGACUACGAGAUCGUCUUCAAGAACUUGACCAUCCAUGACUUUGUCAUCGUCACAGCCAUCCCGCAUGCCAUGGACGAGUCUCAGGGGUACCUGAUGCCCGGCUACACAGGGGCCCCGUUCCUGGCAGACAGGGUCAAGGUCAUAAAGUGGCAGAUAGGCUACUCGUUCCCCUCCUUGGCGUACUUUGUGGAUGAGAAGCAGCACAUGAUCUGUGACACUUACUUCCUCUCGGACGUGAUGGGGUGCGUGAAGGAGGCUUACAUCCGCGCUCCUCCGCUGGAGAUGUACUACCUUGCAGCGGAGAGAGCGAGGGAGGAGAGUGAGGAUGGGACCCUGAGGUCGUUCAAGGAGCGUCUUGUGCUGUAUGACAACGACCACGAGUUUGACACUACAAAGUUGCAGUUGAGAGAGGGUUGCUUGCUUGUCAAGCUGGACGGGCUGAGCAGAUCGGAGAUGUUUGACGCGUACAAGAGGGCGGUAGCUGUCAUCGACUUGUGGUUGCCGGGGGCAGAGACAGUGACGGCAGAAGGAGCGCUAUUCGACUGCUGCGUCCUCGUUCCCAACGAGAUGAACGGGGCGAACCCUCGAGAUUUUCCAAUCGACAGCAGGUGGAAGGUGGGAAGGACUUCGGAUGGGAACUGGAACUACGUGCAGAUCUCGGAGCUGCUCAACAGGGCACUGGACGACUACGAAAACUUCCUCCUCGAGUUCAAGCAGCUGAAGCAGCAUGUUCUCCAGCUCCCCGAAACUUUCCAGCUCAACGUUCGGAGGUACUUCUCCAAUGAUAUCCACUUCGUUGCGAUUGGGUACAACGAGGAGGAAAGGAAGUACUUGCUCCCCUGGGCCGUUUCCGUCCUGAUGAACUAUCCCAUUGCUACUGUGGAGAUAGUCGUCUACAACCGCUUCCGUCUUGGCCUCUCCACCUCUCCCAUCCUACAGGUCCUGCGGCAGAAGGGGAUCGCGCACAAGCUUAUCGUCUCUGACGGCAUCCCCUCUCGCUCCCAGCGGCCCUUCCCCAGCAUCGACCGAGGCCCCACCGUGUCCUUCCAGCACGCCAUGCAAACUCCGGCGACCUGCUUUGCUAGCCCCUUUGCUUCCUUCCUCCGCCCCGACCUCCUCGAGCUCGUUCAGAGUGACUCCUCCGCCUGGGCUGAUGCGCUCGAGCGAUUCCCCGAGGCGUCAGUGGGAGGAGACGGAGCGGGCGACUGGAUCCCCGAGCCAUGGCCCGUCGAAUGUUUCGCCACGGGCCCUCACAGUACCAAGCCGCUGGAAGAUGCAUGGGCGAGCAUGGGCGAGCUGUGGCGGGUGCGGUACUGGGAUGGAGCUGUGACGUACACGGCAGAUGUCAAGAGACUGUCGGACGAGAACUGCAGGCAUCUUGAGGAGAUGAUGACCAACUCGGUUUACAAAGGAGUCUUCCCGUACUUCGAUGAUGACUACCGGUAA